AUGACGACGGCGACGACGGCGACGACGAAAGCGACGGCGCGGGACGCGCGACGCGAGACGCGCGCGCGACGCGCGAUCGCGACGAGGGCGAGCAACAACGAAAACCGCUACGGCGCGUGCUGGCCGGGACGCGCGGAGGUGCCGGCGAACGUCGCGGCGCUCGGGAACGGAAACGUGAAGAAGAUAUCGCUGCUCGGAAGCACGGGGUCGAUCGGGACGCAGACGCUGGACAUUUGCGAGGAACAUCCGGAUAAGUUUGAGGUCGUGGCGCUGAGCGCGGGGCGAAACGUGACGCUGGUGGCGGAGCAGUGCGCGAAGUUCUCGCCGAAGUUGGUGAGCGUGCAGAACGGAGAGGACGUGGCGAAACUGAGGGAUGCGUUGCAAAAACUCGGAUGCGCGAUGCCGGAGAUUAUGUAUGGGGAGGAUGGGAUGGUUGAGGUGGCGAGACACGCCGACUGCGAUUCGGUGGUGACGGGCAUCGUCGGAUGCGCGGGAUUGCCGCCGACGGUGGCGGCGAUCGAGGCGGGAAAGAAUAUUUGCUUGGCGAAUAAGGAGACCCUCAUCGCCGGUGGCCCCGCGAUCGUGCCGUUGGCGGUGAAGCAUGGGGUGAAAAUUUUGCCCGCGGAUUCCGAGCACAGCGCCUUGUUCCAGUGCAUUCAAGGCAUGCCGGAGGGCGCGCUGAGACGCAUCAUUCUCACCGCCUCUGGCGGCGCUUUCCGCGAUAUGGACCUCGCCACCAUGCGUGAACUCGCGGUGUCCGAUCCCGCGGCGUUGCACAAGAAGGCGACGACGCACCCGAACUGGGACAUGGGCGCGAAGAUUACGUGCGACAGCGCGACGCUCAUGAACAAGGCGCUCGAAGUCAUCGAGGCGCACUACCUCUACGGCACCUCUUACGACAACAUUGACGUGAUCGUGCACCCGCAAUCGAUCGUGCACUCCAUGGUUGAGACCUCGGAUAGCUCCGUUUUGGCGCAAUUGGGCUGGCCUGACAUGCGUUUGCCUAUUCUUUACACCAUGUCUUGGCCCAACCGCGUCGAGUGCUCCGAAGUCACGUGGCCGCGACUCGACUUUGUCAAGAUGGGCGACCUCACCUUCCGCGCGCCCGAUUUCGAAAAGUACCCGUCUCUCACCAUGGGCUACGCCGCCGGUCGCGCCGGUGGCACCAUGACGGGCGUUUUCUCCGCCGCCAACGAGCAAGCGGUCGCCAUGUUCUUGGACAAAAAGAUGGGCUACUUCGACAUUUACAAAGUCAUCGAGUUGGCCAUGGAGGCGCACAAGAACGAGCUCGUGCUCGAUCCGUCCCUGGACGACAUCGUGCACUACGAUUUGUGGGCGCGCGAUCACGUCAAGCAAACCGUGGAAUCUGGCGUUUUGACCGGCGCCCUGCCUCGUUAA